AUGGAAAUCAAAGUGAUUUCAAGAGAAACCAUCAAACCAUCCAAACCCACUCCUCAAGAAAACAAAAUGUUCAAGCUCAGCUCCUUCGACGUCCUCUAUCCCAAUACCUACUUCCCACUAAUCUUAUUCUACCCCCAAUUCCCAAACCCUAAUAAUCUCAAGCACUCACUUUCAGAAACCCUAACCAUCUUCUACCCUCUUGCCGGCCGAAGACACGACGUCGUUUCCGUCGCCUGCAACGACGAAGGAGCCCUCUAUUACGAAGCCACCGUGAACACUUCAAUGUCAGACUUUUUGGACCCGCCAAAGCUCGAAUCUCUGGACCAGCUACUUCCAUGCCAGCCUUGCAUGAUUCAUCCACAUGGAGAAUCGUUGCCUCAGUUGCAGGUUCAGUUGAACACGUUCGAGUGCGGCGGCGUGGCCAUUGGAAUGUGUAAUCUUCAUACGAUCAUGGACGCUAGCUCGUGCCGUGUGUUGGCGAGAACGUGGUCGGCGAUUUGUCGGAACAAAAGAGAGGAGAUCGAGUGGCCUGAUUUUGAUUCUGCGUUCGCCUUGUUCCCUCCCAGAGAUAUUUCUGCUAUACGUGCCGGUCUGAUUUCUUCUCCCACAAAGGUCGAAGUCACCACCACCAUAAGAAGAUUCGUGUUCACCGAGGAAGCCAUGAGUAACCUGAGAGUCGAAGCAAAAGAAGAUGAUGAUGAUGGAGCUUCAGCGAACCCUACACGUUACCAAGUUCUGUCUUCUUUCAUCGCCAAGCACCUGAUCCUCGCGCGCAGAAGCAAAGGCAUAAGAUCAGCCAUAUUAAUGCACAUAAUGGACGUCAGAAGAAGAAGAGGCGACCCUUUAACCAGUAACUCCAUGGGAAACCUGGUAUGGCCAGCGAUGAUACCUUGCGACAUAGUCACUUACACGGACAACGACAAUAAUAAUGUUAACCUCAAGGACUUGGUGAAAACCACGAGACAGAAGAUAGGAAGCAUCAAUAAAGACUUGUUCUUGAGGAUUCAAAUGGACCCUGAUUUUCUGCAGAGCGAUGAGUUUGGAGAGCUGUUGCUGGAAGGGAUAGAGAAGAAGAAGCCAAUCGCAUUCGUGUUCUCAAGUUGGCUUAAUUUGGGUUUCAAUGAGUUGGAUUUUGGAGCUGGAAAGCCAUUGUGGGUAGGUUUUAGAGGGGGAACACAGGAAACAGUUCCUGAUAGUGUUAUUCUGAUUGAUACAAGUCAAGGGCUAGAGGCUUGGAUCACUAUGCCAGAAGAAAAUAUGGCUGUCUUAGAAGAAGAUGAAGAAUUUCUCCGAUUUGCUUUGCUUAAUCCUCCAGUUUCAUGUCAGUAGAUAUAUUUAUAAGAUUUUUAAUUUACAAUAAUAAAGCAUGAUGUGGUAAGAUGCAGACAUUAUGUUUUAGGGUUUGGGAUCUAAGAUUAUAAAGUUUAAGGUUUAUAUUUUGAGGAUCAUAUACAUGCUUCCUCAAGCGCAGCUUGUUAUCGGCUAGCUUUGAUUUCGAAUAAAAUGUUAUGUACACUUGCAUUAGCUAU